UGCGGUGUCUAUUUCUUUUGGGACCAAGGCGCUAAACAUUUGAAAUCAUUUUUGAUUUCUACCAUACGUAUAAAGGGUCGAGGCAUUGAAAAGGGUAAGAAAUACCAACAGACUGAUUUGAGAACUCGGGAAAAAUAAUAUUUCAGCUGAAGGAAUCUAUGAAGAAGGGACAUUUCAUCAUGGGAGAUGCUGCUGAUGUAACGUUUGAAAAGGCUGAAUCCGGUGCAUCUUUGACUUUUCCCAAGCAAUGCUCUGCUCUUCGUAAAAAUGAAUAUUGCCUCAUCAAAGGAAAACCCGUUAAGAUUGUUGAAAUGACCACCUCGAAAACAGGAAAACACGGACAUGCUAAGGUUCAUCUAACAGGGAUUGAUGUAUUUACUAAUAAAAAGUAUGAAGAUAUUUGUCCUUCUACCCAUAAUGUUGAAGUACCAAAUGUAAAACGAACUGAAUACCAGUUAGUUGAUAUCAUGGAUGAAAAUUUUGUAUCCCUGAUGGACGAUAGUGGUGAACUUCAUGAAAAUCUUAAACUACCAGAUGGAGAGCUUGGCCAAGCUAUUCAAAAAUCUUUCGAUCAAGGGGAAAAUCUUAUGGUCACUGUAUUGUCAGCUAUGGGAGAAGACAUGAUAUGCAGUCACAAGAAAGUUGCUGAUUAAUUAAUUUAGUAUUUUUAUUAAUUAAUCAGUCUGCUUUCCACCAUCUUAAUAAAUAAUCUUUGUAAAAUAUUUAAAGAUACCCUAGAGAGAGAAAGAUAAUAUUCGGUGAUUGACAAACUUUUUAAUUUCCAAAUCGUUUAUAAAUUGUUAUCGAUCGUGUUGUGCUAAUUGGAAAAAAAAUGAAGAUCCAUGAGAAUGAAUUGCAAAAUGUAAAAUAUUAUUUUAAAAAAUGCUUCAUUUGGUGUUAAAACCAUUCAGUGCUGUUAUAAAGACAUUAUGUAUGACUAUUGGUGUCAUUCUUGUACCAUUGAAGGGUUGCAUAUUAAAAUGCAUAUUGAUAUAAAAGAAUUAAUUUGCUACAUGGCAUGUUAAUUGAUUAAAAAUAUUAAAAAAAAAAAUAUUCCAUAUGUGUCAGGAUUUCUCUUAAACAACCUACGUACAUAAACUUUUACAACUGUUGUCUGUAUUUUUAUGAAGUUGAAAUCGUGUACAUAUAUUCGGUUUUGAAGAUGCACCAGGAUUUCCACUAUUUGUCACACGCUAUAAAUAAGAGUUCAUGUGCAUGGCAUGAUUUCAUUAACUCUUAGAAAUAGAUCUUUGUAUAUAUAUAUAUAACCGUCUAUUCACAGCUCUCAAUUCAAAAUUUUCUGAACUUGCUUGUAAUAGGCUCCAUAAAAAUAACUAAAAUGUAUGACACUCCUCGUCCUCGGUUCAAAAAAAACAUUCAUUUGAAAUCCUAAUAUUUCUGACAUAUAAAUUGACUGAUCAUUUAUUUUCUUGAUUGGUCAUUUUUGUUGUCAGUGAGUUACUCAUGACUGUAAGAUGUUGACUUAAAUGAGAGCUGUAAUUCGAUCUAUACAAAUUCUAAAUGUUUAAAGUGCUGUUGAUCUUUAAAAGUGUUUUAUUGUUUUAUUCAACUUUAUAUGUUAUGAAUACUUGUUUUGAGUUUUUCUUACGGUUAUAUGGACAUUUAUUUUUCUGUUCGGUUCAGGUUUCUAUUUGGAAUGGUAUUGUGCAAAAUGUUUAUUUCGCUCAUAGUAAUUGCAUAGUUUUAUAAUUUAUCGGAAAAUUUAAAUACUCUCUUUAUUUUAUAUACAGUUGUAGCUCGAAUCUGAUUAUUAAUUUCAUUUGAUUAUCAUGCAUACUGCUCAGUUCUACAUAUGGAAUAAACUAUAGGAAGUUUUCUUUUUUUAAAUUCAAAUAUUACAAUAUUUUGGAAAAGUUGCUCGAAUUUUAACUUUGGCAAUAUUUUUGGAUCAAUCUUCUCAAAUUUUAAUAUUCUAAUAAUUUGGAAUUAACUGUGAUCAGUUUAAGUUCAAAUAUUAUGAAAUUAAUUAGAAGUUAAAUUUCAAAUGUAUUGUAAUUUUUGAAGUUAAUUCUGUAAAGUUUUCUGAUAUAUAAAUAUUUGAAAUGACUUGAUAUAUUCAAUUAUUGCUAGUUUUUGCUUUCAGACCAUUGUAUUCAUAUUUCUGUAUCUUCUAGUGUUCUGUUUAAAUAUCAUGCUGAAUAAUAUACAACCAGAUUACACAUCAAA